AUGGCAAAAAGUACUAGAGUCUUUUUUGCUAGUGUUUUUCUUCUUGUUUUGAUUAUGUGUAGUGAAGUUGGGUCCGUAGGUGGAAGGCAUUUGAAGCAUCGGCUGUGCAAGAAAUGCAUGAGUCGUGAUACUAAGGAUGAUUUGAAGGGAGCAGGGGUGGCGGGUGGGAAGCUGACUGGUGGUGAGCGGUCAAGCAAGGUGAUGUUUCUGUUUCCAUCACCAUCAUAUUUGAUGUCGUCGGAUUCUGUUCCGUCGACACUGCCUCCUCGACCAAGUGGAGACAAUGAACAAGAAGUAGAAGAGGUAUCGAGUGGAGACAAUGAACAAGAAGUAGAAGAGGUAUCGAGUGGUUCUUCAAAACAAUGUUGUGAUGAGACAUAUAGUAAUGAGGAUGGAAAGGAGGCAAUAGAAAAUUCUGAACAAAUAGUUGAGAAACCGAAGAUUGGAAUGAUAUUCAAUACACAAGAUGAAGCUUACCGGUAUUACUCAAGAUACGCUCAACAAAUGGGAUUUGCAGUAGCGAGAAGAAACUCAAGAAAGGGAAAAGAUGGAAAUGUGAGACAUGUAUGUUUUGAAUGCAAUCGUGGUGGAAAGGCGAGGGUGAAAACAAGCAAUCCAGUCAAACCACGACCACAAACAAAAUGUGGUUGUCGAGCUCGGCUUAAUUUGUCGACAAACCCGGAUGGAAAAUGGAAGAUAAAUCGGGUUGCGUUGGAGCACAAUCAUGAAAAUAGCCUGGGAAAGGCCAGGUUUCAUAAGAACUAUAGGGUUCUUGAUGAACAUGUGAAAAGAAAGCUCCUACUGAAUGAUAAAGCUGGGAUUAAGACGUACAAGACUUAUGACUCCCUUCAGAUUGAAGCAGGGGGACCUGAGAACCUUCCAUAUCUUCCCAAAGACUGCCGAAGAUAUGUGGAUAGAGAGCGACAUAAAUUACUUGUUGAAGGAGAUGCUGAGGCAAUGAGUAGGGCAGCUUGUAAGGAGUUUGGGGAUGUUGUGACGUUUGACACAACGUACUUGGUAAACAAGUAUGACAUGCCUUUUGCUCCAUUUGUAGGUGUGAACCAUCACAGUCAAUCGAUUUUAUUAGGAUGUGGUCUCAUCUCUCAUGAAGACACCAAGUCAUUCUCGUGGUUAUUUAAGACUUGGAUGACAUGCAUGUGGGAAUGUGCUCCUAAAGCAAUUAUUAUCGAUCAAUGUAUGUCCAUGAAGAAUGCUAUAGAAGAAGUAUUUCCUAACACCCGACACCGGUGGUGCAUAUGGCAUAUCUUGAAAAAGGUGCCAGAAAAGUUGGGAAAGUACGACGCGUAUAAAUCAAUUUCAACUUCUUUACACGAAGCAGUUUAUGAUUCACUAACAAUAGAAGAAUUUAAGGAUGCUUGGGAUGUGUUCAUCAAAGAGUACCAACUCCAAGAUAAUGAAUGGUUACAUGGGUUGUACUUAGAGAGGAAUCGAUGGGUGUCGACUUUUGUAAAAGAUGUCUUUUGGGCGGGAAUGUCAUCCACAUAA